AUGCCGCCUACAUCUGUCAAGAAACCUCGCUCAGGACGUAGGCUUGGUGCUAAUGGAGCCGAGGGAGUCGCACGAGAGUCCGCGCAAGUUCGUCACAAUCUAGCUGAGCCUGCAAGAUCUAUAGUAAGUGUCGCGACUCUCGCUGAACCUGAAGCAGUAGACGAUGGACUGGAGGACUGGGAAGAUGACGUCUCGCCGUUACAAGGUCGAGGGAACCGCACGCCGUGGACGCCAUCCAGGCCACCCAAGCUUCCAUCUUUGUCCACCGUGGCACGGAAGCCGCUGGCACGCUCUGCUGUCCCUUUGCCUGAACGUCGCUCUACAUUUGGCCCUCGAGGUUACCAGCUGAAGGUGUUCGGGAAAGACGACCUCCCUGGGGCCUCGCAGGAAACUGGACGACUUGACGUUAUCAAGACACGUGGUGCCACUUCUUCCGCUGCAAAUGCACUUCCGCUUGCAGGAUCGGUUGGGGCUAGGACUUCUGAGACACCUGCGCCAAUCCCAUCUUCAGUUUAUGUCCUCAUUUCGAAGCAGGACCAUAAGCGCAAACGUGUUUCUGCCUUGCAGAUUCCCUCGGUCGCAGGCCAUACUUCGGAGAAUUUGAUUUCGUCUUCAGUCACUGCACAUACAGCUGCCGAGUCUCACAUCCAGCCAGAUUCCAGCGCGGAUGCUGGUGUACAUACGCGCUCGAAUGGUCUCAUGGAGGCGAUCAAUUCACGCGCUGUUGCGGACACUGGGAAACAACAGACCUCGGUCGCCGCAAUCACAGCGUCGGAAAUUCCGAGCGCACAGCAAGAUAGAACCCUUGUCGCACCCAUCGCUGUAAAGAAGCGUCGAGGUCGUCCGCGUAAGACAGAUACACUUAUUCCUUCUCCGUCCGUCGUCAAGAGGCCGCGUGGGCGUCCGCGAGAGAGUGCCCCUGCUGCUCUUCCAGCUCCUGCGCUCGCCUCACAAGACCAGAGGUCUCUGCUGUCCCCGCCGACCAGCAUCAGCAUCGCUGCCAUUACCGGUACUGCUGCCGUCACUUCACCUCAAAAACGCUUGUGCAGCCACAUUUCGUGCCAAAAUGCUCUUCUCCCAUUUGCCGAGUAUCGUUUUCUACUGUGCGAGAAAUGUCGCGAGCGCGGGAGACGAAAUUAUCAUAAGGGGAAGAAGAUAUUUCCGGAGCGUCUUGGACAUAUACGGGCUGCAGGUGAAGUGCAAGGUCUGAGCUCGGAGGAGAGAACGGGCAAGAGGAGGAAGACCAUCACUUCUGUUCUGAGUGAUGGCAAUCCUGCUAAUGCGGCCUCGAGCGAGAAUAAUCUAGGGCGUCAGGACAAAAGGGUGCUUCUCUCACACAGUGACACAUUGCCCAAUCGGCUGGAACAGGAGGAGGAGGGCUAUGAGAAAGCAAAGCAUGAAGAGGAGGAAGAGGCGGUGGGGAACGUUGAACAACCCAGCAACUCUGCAGCCCCUGGGUCGUCAAAACCUGCUGGUCCAGCUAAAUGGUGGCUGGAUACCGUGAACCUUACUUGGCGGCGCGUAUCAGAACCUACGUCCAUUCCGCCCACCCCGCCCAUGAGAUCUCUAGCAAACCAUAUCACUGCCAGCACUGAGGCACAUCCUUGCGAGUUCGAGUCGCUUGCCGAACUCUGCCUUGCGUUGACUGCUGCAUAUUCGAGCGCGACGACCCUGAUGACCCGCCGUGUGUCCAAGUCCGGAAUACUGAAUUUUGCUGAUGGCAGUCAGGGAGAUAGUAAUGGAUUGUUGCAGUUUUACGGAACCACAACUGUCAUCAAGGAUGCUCAGGUGAUCGCCGAUGAGCAGUAUGUACGGGAUCUCACCGAAGAGAUCGUGUAUGGAAGUGGAAUACAACUUGGAGUGCGGAUGGAUGAUGAAUAUGUGACCUUUAUGAAGAGGGGAAAGGUUUCUAUGGUCAUUCUUCUGUGCGAGUGCGCUUCUUCCGGGCCCAAUGGACCCGGCAAGGGAAAACUUAACAAAUGUGGAGGACACAUGGGCGUGAGCAUCGAAGAAGAGCACCCAAAUACAGAAUCAGAGCAAGAAACGGUGCUCAGGAUUAAGGUAGAGAUGCUACACUGA